UACAAUAAAAUAUUUAGUAGACAUUUAAGAUUAUUAGCAGAAUUUCCUAGUUCUUACUGGCAACAUCGUUAUUUUAUCCGAUGUGACAUUUGUUUUGAAUAAAAACAGUUGUGAGAUAGUUUUACCGGGUUUAUGUUUUGCUCGGUUUCUCUCAAUUUCUUCAUCUUGCAAUCCUCAAGCAGCAGCAAUACGUCGAGUCGAGCAUUUGCGUCUCCUCCGUAUUUCUUCUUUGGGUGAUUCAAGGCUCAUGUAUCACCAUACGGUAUUGUGUUGUGAACUUGUGAGUGACUAGUUUUGUGCCAGUUUUACUGAGACAAUUAGUGAGAAAUAGACUCCUAUAGUUUUUAAGUACCUAAUCUGUGUGUUAUUUACUUCGUUCACCAUGUCUCAUGUGUACCGGAGAUGCUCCAAGUGUGGUGCUAAUCAGGUAUCAAACCCUGAGUUGAGGAUGCACAGGUUCCCGACUCUUGGAAAAAAUAAAGAAAAUGUUUACCAAUUGAUGUCAUGGGCAAUGUUUUGUUACCCAGACAAAGACUGGUUUGACUUGCAAGCUCUAGCCGAUUUGCAAAAAUCUUGUAAGGUAAUUUGCAGUAAGCAUUUUGCAGAUUCUGCUUACACAACACCAGCAAAAAUACGCCUUCAUAAAUCUGCCACUCCAUCCAUAGAUGAAAAUGUAGAAAAUCUUCAUUCACCAAGAGCUGGACCGUCUCAUAGUAAUAUCUGUAAUGUUCUAAGGACUCAGUCCCAUACGGUUAUGUCAGUCACUGAGGAACCAACUGCUGAGAUUAAAACUGAGUCAGCAACUUCAGGGUUUUUUGCGGCCCGAUCCCAAACAGUUACUGAGGAAUUAAGUGCGAAUAUAAAAACUGAAUCAGUACCUUCAGUAUCUUCUUUGCCCCAAUCCCAAAUGAUUGCCGAAGAACCAGCUAAAGAGAUCAAAUCAGAACCCUCAGUAUCAUUUUUGAAAAAAGAAUCUUCGCAGAACAAAGGGAAGCUGUCAGCUUCUGAGAAUAAAGUUUACAACAAAUGUAAAUACUUAAUGAAGCAAGUUAACAAGCUCAAAACUGCUUUAAAACAGAAGAAAGGGAGUGAUGUUUUGCAAGUUCUGCAUGAUAAUGAAAAUGUCCAAAAACUGUUUGGACACAAAAUCAGCCCAUCAAUGGCAUUAAUGCUCCAGGGCGAUCUUCAAAAUGGGCAAAGAAAGCACCAAGCAAGACGGUGGAACCAAAAGCAAAAGUUUUUGGCUUUGGAGCUCUAUAAAAAAUCUCCUCGGACAUAUAAACUUAUAAGCAGACUAUUUUGCUUGCCAAGUCCAUCAACAUUAAGAAGGCUUUUGGGGAAUUUUGCAUUAAAAGCAGGAAUCAAUAAAAUGUUAUUUGAAAACAUUAAAAAGUUUUCAAAGAAAAACCCAGAAAGUAAUGUGUGUUUUUUAACAUUUGAUGAAAUGUCUAUCAUGAAAAAUAUAUCUUACAAUUCAAAAUCAGAUGAAAUUGAUGGGUAUCAGGACCACGGACUUCAAGGGAAAUCUAAAGUUUUUGCUUCCCAUGCUUUGGUGUUUAUGCUGGUAUGGAUAAGACGAAGAUGGAAGCAACCUGUUGCAUUUUAUUUGUCUGGUGAUAAUGUCACUGCAGACAGAUUAACUGUCCUUAUUAAGGAGGUUCUUCACGAAUGUCUCAAAACAGGAAUCAAUGUUUGUGCAACAGUUUGCGACAUGGAUGGAGUCAAUGUCAGAGCACUGGAGAACUUGGGUUCCACUGUAGAAAAUCCUUUCUUCAUAUUUGAAGGAGAAGAAAUAAUUACUUUGCCAGACCCUCCGCAUCUCCUAAAGUGCUUCAGAAACUUAUUUAUGUCAUAUAAUGUGAAAUUACCCAUCCCUGUCCAAUCUACAACUACAGGAAAUGCAAUAGGAACAGGUAUUGCGUCUUGGAAGCACAUUGAGCAGUUCUUUGAACUCGACAAUUGCAACCCACAUUUUGUUUUCGCCCCAAAACUCUCACAACGUCACAUCCAACCCAAUGGAAAGGAGAAAAUGAGGGUUAAAUUGGCCACCCAGAUUUUUAGUCACUCCGUGGCAAUGGGAAUUUAUUCAAAGGCAUCUACUAAUGAGCUGCCAGCAGGAGCUGUUGCUACAGCAACUUUUCUUGAGCAUUUCAAUAAUUUAUUCGAUUUGCUCAAUGCAGAUGCACCCGACAGGCAGGAAGGAAAGCCUUAUAAAACAAAUUUGACAGCAAAGAGUCCACAUAAAGAUUUUUUUAAGAAAUCUGUAAAAUUUAUAAAUGAAUUAGAAUUUAUUGGGUGUAGAAGAAAACCACCAUCCCAAGGGGGCUGGCUGAAAUUAUUGAAUGGAUAUGAGCGUCUGUGGGAUAACUUAUUGAAAAAGCACCAAAUAAAAAGCAUCGCCACAAGGAGAAUAAAUCAAGAUCCCUUGGAAAAUUGCUUUGGCUGCAUUAGAGCCAACUGUGGCUCAAAUGACAAUCCCACAGUCGCUCAGUUCAUUGCCGGCUUGAAAACAGGCAUUAUUACCAAUUUAAGAAACAUUAUAAAAAACAACAGAAAUUGUGAGGAUGAUAAUGGCGAAUUAGUGGAGAAUUUUCAGUAUCUGUUCUGUAAGAAUAAACUCAAUCCAAAAAAAAAUGAUGAUCCAAUGCCCGAGUCUGGCCCCAAUGUCUCUGAGCAUGACAUAAUUUCUGUGUCUGAUGAUGAAAUAGAGAGCUCAGCGGAAACACAAGCAUGUGCAUAUGUCUGUGGUUUUAUCUUUAAAAAAUAUAUAAAAGAUUGUGAUAACUGCAAGAAGGCUAUGCUUGCCGAUAAGCCCACAGAAGUUCACCUAUUUACGCAAUAUAAGGAAUAUGUGGACGGCAAACAUAGCCUUCAUUAUGCUAACAAUAAUUUCAUUGCGUGUGUGGAAAAUUCCGCUAAGCUAGUUAAAAAAUAUUUAAAAGAAAAUUCGCACUCAGACCAUUUAAAAGAAAAUUGUAUAAAACUCAUUAGAGAGGAAAUAAAUUUCAAUUUUUUAAAUGCAUGCCCAGAACAUAAGUUAGCCAAUAAAAAUAUGAUCGAGCAAUCAGUGGCUAUAAUAUUAAUACGGAGAUUUUGUUUAUUAGAGAACAGAAAAUUCUCCAUUGAAUCUGCCAAGAAAAAGCUGGCAAAAAAAAUAAAAAUAUUGAAAAAUUCUUAAUCAUUGUUUUAUUUUAUUG